CUAUGGUGGGGUGACCUAUUUCGUCCCAUCGGCGAUUUCCUUCUCCGAUCGAAGUUUCUUGUGUGAUGAGCUGUAAUACUCUGACGAUUUCCGACCUAAUAUCAUCCAAUGAAAUGAAGAAUUGAAUGAAAGAUCGACUACAUAUGGCGGAUAAGAAGAAGAUCAAGAGCGAAGCUAGUAGUAGCAAUAGCAUUAAUAAUGGUGGAGCCGAAAGCGUAGUCGAUGAUGUCGGUCGCCGGAGAAGCUCUUGCGGUUAUUGCAAAUCCGGUUCCAACACCAGUAUUACUCACGGUUUAUGGGCACACAGUUUGACUGUCUAUGACUACCAAGCUCUUCUUGACAGAGGUUGGAGGAGAUCUGGAUGUUUUCUUUACAAGCCUGAGAUGGAAAAGACAUGCUGUCCGUCUUACACGAUUCGUUUGAAGGCAAGUGAUUUUGUUCCUUCCAAAGAGCAAGUUCGAGUAUCUAAACGAAUGCAGAGGUUUCUAGAUGGUUCACUGAAUGUUAAGAAACCAGAUGAACAAAAUGAGACAUCAAGGGAUUCAAAUGGCCUUUCCAAGAAGGAUACUGUCAGUUCAGUACAAGGCGAUGUUAUGGUAGAUAAUGGAGCACAAAUGAACAACUUGGAGCAAGUGACGUACUAUUUAUCCAAACAGAUUGAUUCUGUAGUGCUUGCAUGUACUGAUAGUGGGGAAUUUCCUAGUGACGUUCAGUUCUCUAAAUCUUCUGUCAAAAGCGUUGCACCAGCCAAGAGGAAAUUACAAGCGGAAACAGCAGAAGUUCUUUUGUAUUCCAGCAACAUUUCAUUUCAGAUUGCUGCUGCUUUAAGGAGGGCCAAUAAGAGUAUUCACCAAAAAGAUGACCAUUGCGUGGAGCCUACACCAAAAGUUAUUGCGGAGGUGCUAUCAAGCCAUUUAGAUAAUUUGGUUUCAGCUAUUGGUUUGUCUGUAAAAGCGUGCAAUGGACAUAUUAAUUUCUAUUCUACACAAGUACAAUCUCAGGCAGAUGUAAUAGUUGGAAAGCCUGCAGUUUCUAAAGACUCUUUGACAAGCAGUGGUAGCAAAGGGAGUUCUUCAAAUAACUCCAGAAAACUUCAGGCCAAGGGACAGAGUCUUGAGAUACGUCUGAAAAUGUCCAGUUUUGAUCCAGAAGAGUAUGCGUUGUACAGGAGAUACCAGAUUAAAGUUCAUAACGAUACACCAAAUCACGUUACUGAAAGUUCUUACAGGAGGUUCCUGGUUGACAGUCCCUUGGUUUUUGUUCCAACAAGCGGAGAUGGUGCUGUUCCUCCUUGCGGAUUCGGUUCUUUCCAUCAGCAAUAUUUGAUUAAUGGCAGGCUAGUUGCAGUUGGUGUGAUGGAUAUUCUCCCUAAAUGUCUGUCUAGUAAAUAUUUGUUUUGGGAUCCUGAUCUCGCCUUUUUGUCACUUGGGAAGUACUCAGCACUUCAAGAAAUAAAUUGGGUGAGCGAAAACCAGAAACAUUGUCCGAGCCUGCAGUAUUAUUAUCUUGGCUACUACAUUCACUCUUGCAGCAAGAUGAGAUAUAAAGCAGCAUAUCGUCCAUCUGAGCUUCUUUGUCCUCUUCGUUACCAGUGGGUUCCAUUUGAUAUUGCAAGGCCUCUACUUGAUAGAAAACGAUAUGUUGUACUAUCUGAUUAUGCCACCUUGCAAAAUGAGGCGGCUUCGUCACCUCAUAUCAUUGAAGAUCAAACAGAACAAGAAGAGGAGAGUUUUCCAGAAGAAUCAAAUGACAUUCCUAUAGACGCUGAUGAAGAAAUGUCUGAGCUUGCUUUCGAAGACUCUGAUGAUGAAUCAGGACCAGAAACCACUAGUCUGUCACCUGCAGAAAUGGGGAAAGAUGUCGGUAAUAUUGUUAUUGGUUUGAAGGGAAUGCAUCUGAAAUAUAAGGAUAUACGAGAAGCUUUUGGAGCGAAAGAAAGGAACUACCUGGAAACUCAGUUGCAUAAAUACGUGAUGGCAGUUGGUAGCGAUCUUUCGGAGAGAAUUAUUUACUCGCUUGGGUGAUGGAUGCGUUCUUGGUUGAUCAAAGUAAGGUUGAAAUGCUGUUAAUGUUGUUAAAGAUUAUGGCUUUUGUUUCAUCUUGUGGUUUCACUAGAAUACCUGACCACACUUCAGUACUCAGUUGCCUGGAUUUUAUAAAUUGUUUUGUUAGUGUAUAACUUAUGAUGCACAUAGUACAACUCUGGAUUCUGAAA